AAAUGUUCUUAAUUCGGCCCAGGCUUAGUAGCAGGCCCAUUGUAAACUAUAUAAAGUUACAAACGUAGAUGGCUCACCAUUACUGGCGGAGGCAGAGGUCACAUAUUCUACAGCAGAACGAAGCAGCGCGAGGGACGGCGAUAGACAAGGAAGAAUCGUCGGAGCGAGCGAAUUAAGAAGAUGAUAAUUCCAGUCCGUUGUUUCACUUGCGGCAAGGUUUCGAUGCUACUGCCUUCUCCUGAAUGAUAUGGAUAUUGUGCAUUCGUUGCUUUCGGUUUUGUGUUCCUAGCCAAUCCCUUUGCCAUGACUCCGUUUGAUUUGAGUAAUCUAGGGUUUCUGAAGUAAUGUUUCAGUAGAAUAUAGUUCAGUUGGGCAGUCGGACUGCAACGAUAAAAAAAUGAUGUUUGCUUCCCUUGCUGUGGUGUUCGUGUAAUGCUCUGAAUAUUGGGUUGUGUUGAUUUUUCAGUUUUGAUGCUGUUUGUGUUUUUUCUAGGUAAUUGGGCACAAAUGGGACACUUACCUUGAUCUUCUUCAAGCUGAUUACACUGAAGGGGAUGCACUUGAUGCAUUGGGGUUGGUCCGUUAUUGUUGCAGACGAAUGCUCAUGACCCAUGUUGACCUCAUUGAGAAGCUUCUGAACUACAAUACUCUGGAGAAAAGCGAGGGCACUUAAAGUCGGAACAUGAGCAGUUUUGCAACAGCGUAGAAGUUAGAAGGCUAAAAUGAAUGGACGAUGGUGGAGACAUGAGCAUUUGGUGAAGUGUGUUUGUGAAUUGGGGUCGCCUGUGUUUGUGAAUGGACUAAAAUCUGUCAGUUAAUGUUGAGAUGAUUGUAUCAUGAAGACUGAUAUGCUUCAAAUCUAGCAGGGUUGCCUAAUAUGUCGAACUGGUAUGCCUUUGCGGCUUUGCCUAGCUAGCCUACUAAGGGAGGUGACGUUUACUCGACUGCCGACGUUUACAACCUAACUUCUCGAAACGUCGCCGUUAGUUGCCGAUCUCUGAUCUACUAGACUACUACCGAACCCGGCCACCAGCUGUUAUUGACCCUGAAUCUGAAAGGGAAAGCAAAAACAACAACCCAUUGCGUUGCCACGAGUCUCUCUCUGGCUGAGCGGUGGCCCGACACGACCCAGUUUUGGAUUUGUAGAUCCGAAUCCCCAGAGACUAUUGCAAGCAAUCAAUCUUCUGUAACUUCCUCAUAUCAUAUAAUCACCCCUAUUUCCCGCAUCUAUCUCUCUCUAGAAAGCUCGUUUCUUUUUCUUUCUUCAACGGCAACUGAACACAGAAGAACCCUAGUCAACAACAACCGACGCUGAACUCUUCCAGUCAAACUCGCUAAACGCCUCUCUCUUUCUUACUAUCCUUCCUGAACGGUUCGCUAUCGCUACCCAAUUGGGUUUUCCGCCGCUCGCAAUUGUUGUCGUGACGAAACAGUAGAACGAAGUAAAAAGGAGGAGUUUUUCCCCCCCACGGGUUUGGGGUUAUAGGAGAUUUGGUUUGGGUGGUGAACAGAGAUAUGAAGAAGAUGGAGGGGACGAAAGGGUAUGCUGUUAAUGGUGGGGAAAAAAGCAAUGGGAGCUCUAGCAAUGGUAUUCGUAGGCUGCCUGCUCCCAGCCUCCCUCCACCUCCGCCGACGUCGUACCGGCAGUGUUUCGCCAAUGCUGGUGUGCCUGUGUCUUGUAAGCGGACUCUGGUUCGCCAUCCGUCUCUUGUGAAGACAUCUGCCUUUGAAAUCUCUUUGCAAUCUGAAGUGAGUAUAAGGACUCACGGUCCUGAUUACAUCCCCAUUGUCCGAUCAGGAGCCUUUUCGGAUAUUGGCUUUCGCCCCAGAAUGGAGGAUGUCUAUACUUGUAUUGAUGAUUUCACAAUUGAUUAUGGUCUCGGACAUGAUACUGAUGGGCCUAAUGCCUUGUAUGGGGUGUUUGAUGGUCAUGGAGGGAAACAUGCUGCAGAUUUUGCAUGCCACCAUUUGCCGAGAUUCAUAAUUGAGGAUGAAGACUUUCCAAGAGAUCUAGAAAGGGUCAUUGCAUCUGCUUUUCAGCAGACUGAUAGUGCCUUUGCAGAGGCAUGCUUGCUUGAUGCUGGUCUUGCUUCUGGCACUACUGCAUUGGUUGCUCUUGUUAUGGGAAGGUUAUUGGUGGUGGCAAAUGCUGGAGACUGCCGGGCAGUGCUUUCUCGGCGUGGCAAAGCAGUUGAGAUGUCUCGGGAUCACAAGCCAGGUUGCGCCAGAGAACAAAAACGCAUAGAGGCAUCUGGCGGAUCUGUUUAUGACGGCUACCUAAAUGGACAGCUCAAUGUUGCUCGGGCAAUAGGAGAUUGGCACAUGGAAGGGCUGAAAGCCCAGGAAGGCGGCCCGCUUAGUGCCGAGCCUGAGCUAAUAACCACAGACCUGACAGAAGACGAUGAAUUCCUCAUCAUAGGAUGUGAUGGAAUAUGGGACGUGUUCAGGAGCCAAAAUGCAGUAGACUUCGCCAGGCGGAGGCUUCUGGAGCACAAUGAUCCCGUCUUGUGCAGCAAAGAUCUGGUUGAUGAAGCCCUAAAGAGGAAGAGUGGAGACAAUCUAUCUGCAGUUGUUGUUUGCUUUCAGUCUGGGCCUCCCCCGAACUUGGUUGCCCCACGGUCUAGGGUGCAGAGGAGCUUCUCUGCCGAGGGCUUGAGGGAGCUGCAGAGUUUCUUGGAUGACUUGGCUAGUUGAGACGGUGGUCAUGGCUACUGGUUCCCGCGAUUCCAAUUUUCCCAGAAGAGUCCACUAAUUUGAAUUUAUUAGGCGUAGUUCUAGAUAUUGAUGAGUCACUCCCAACUGUAACAUAUGCGGCUGCAAGAAGAUGGUAAUUUGCUUCAUAAUAUGUUCCCUCUCAUUGAAGUUGGUCAGACAAAUGCCUUAAUGUUGGGACCGUUUAUUCCUUGGUUCUCAAGCAACCCCAAAUAAGGAGAAUGGUGCCUAGGACUUUUAAGUUUGGUGGUCUGCGCAGCGGCAUUAGGAUUUGAAGUCUUAGCAUCUGUACCAUUACUUUUGACUUUUUCCAGCAUCGUUUAACUUGUUCAGUAAGGAAGUUAGUUUAAUGUUUGGUAUCAUGGUGUAAAGUUCCUUUAUAUUUAACAGUCAUUCAUACUAUAUGACGAUUUCAAGAGAUCAAGUUGCUAUAUUUCUGUUUGGAUGCAACCUUUUUCAGUUCAA